AUGUCGUGUCCGCCUCCUGCAAGAUUUCCAACCAACUCUCCUUCUAAUACUAAUCUUUCAAUCCUCCAGUUCACCCUUCAAGGCACAAACACAUACCUCCUCGGCCGGGGUGAACGCCGCUUACUUAUCGACACCGGCCAAGGCGAACCAGCUUGGGUUGACACCCUACGCACCGUGCUACAAGCCCAAUCGCCACCGGCAACAGUGUCAACCUGUCUGUUGACGCACUGGCACCACGACCACAUUGGCGGGGUCAAAGAUUUAGAGAGUUUAGUUGAGAAUGUCAGAGUCUACAAGAACCAGCCCACUCUCAAUCCAGAUGGACUGAUUGAUCCGGAUCGCGUGAUUGAUAUCACGGACGGACAGCGGUUUAAAGUAUCGUCGCGGGAAGAGUCUAGUGACGAACAGCCAGAUACCGAUGUCGACAUUGACUUUGAAAUUGAAGCAAUCCACACCCCCGGCCACGCCAAAGACCACAUGUCCUUCCUGGUCACAAAAUCAUCUGAUCCGGAAGAAGUGGGCGCCAUUUUCACAGCGGAUAACGUUUUGGGCCAUGGCACCGCGGUGUUUGAAGAUUUGGGCGUCUAUCUCGACAGCUUGGCAUUGAUGAAGAAGCGCGUGUUGGAGCAGAGUUCACGGAGUGGUGAUGAUGAGACUGGUUCUGCUACUAGUCAGAAAAAAGCCUUCCCAGGUCACGGAGCCGUCAUUUCUGAUUCAGUGGCCAAAAUCGACGAAUAUAUUGCCCACCGACGCAUGCGGGAAGAAGAAGCGUUGAACGUGUUAAGGUUCGGCACCACGACGAGACCGGAGUCAAAGAGUUUGCCUCAUGAUUCAAUUACGAGAUAUGGGGAUAGUGAUGAUGAACAAGACGGAGAAGCUGGAGGUGGAAAUGGAAGUGUAACGUUGGGUGCCAAAGAACUCACUCCUGGUAAGGAAUGGACGAGUAUGGAUAUGGUUCGGGUCAUCUACAGGCAUUAUCCAGAGAAUCUGUACCUGCCAGCGGAAUAUGGGUUGGUCAUGGUGUUGGAGAAGUUGGCGAAGGAUGGAAAGGUGGUCAAGACACCGGAGGGGAAGUGGAGGGCUAGUGAGAAGGCUGCGCUGUAG